GUUGUUUGGAGGACGACAAUGACUGGCGUGAUGCGCGUGAGUUGAACUUCAUGAAGUUUUACAACGAAUAAACUGACCUACGUUAGCAUGGUUGGGAGUGAAAUGCUUGUGAUACUUGCCGUGUUCACAAUGGGCAUCAUGACAGCGGGAUACUCUGAUCGGCUGGAAUUUGGCAACUUUGCAGCCAGCGGAAUGGAAGGAGUAGUCUCCAUGCUGACUUCCAAGAUGUUGCACCGAAUGAGCACAUAUUCUUAGUCCUUCCAUACAUCAGUGAUACUGGCGUUCACUAUCCGGAGAGCAGUUUAUUCAGUCUCUUUCUGGAUGUGUCUGCUGCAUUGUUUCUACUGACGGCGUAUGUACGUUACCACCAUGUUCGGCAGUUCGAAGACAGGUUCCAAGAGAACAGACUCUGGCGAUUUCGUCGGGUCAAUAGAGCGGGUCUGAUAGUCAGUGCGGUGGCCGGAGCUGGUCUGGUGGUCCUUGCCAACUUUCCUGAGGACAAGAAUCUCUUGAUUCAUCUGCUUGGUGCCUUCUUCUGCUUCACGUUUGGCGUCGCAUACUGUCUACUCCACUCCUGGCUCUCCUACCGGACCAGACCCACCCCCAGCCCCACUUGGGUCUGUGUCAUCAGGCUGGUGCUGUCUUGUCUGGGCAUCAUACACACCUCAUUCGUCAUCCUGUUUGGUACAGUGCUGCGAUGGCACGCCGACUCCUGCAAUCCGCAAAUAAAGUUUCGUCGGAUCAGCGCUCUGUUUGAAUGGCUCCUUGUCGUGACCUUUAACCUCUACACUCUGACCUUCACCUAUGAGUUCCGGCACAUCCAGAUGGCAACCCUGCUCAGGCACUGGACUGGUGCAUCCUGGGAGUUUAUGGAGCUGCCUGCUGAUGAGGCCCAGUCCGUCAUUGCGACAGGGAGAGACGUCGUUAAGCAGAUUGACGACGAGGAUAAUAACGAUGCGAGAUAUCCAUGUCUGCAUCUGGACGGCACAGUGCACACAGUGACGAUCUGUGAGACGUGUAGCGUAGAGGGCAAAGCUCAUCCUGUAUAAGCUGGGGGCUGGGUGGGGGGAGCCUAUAAGUGGGAGGAAUAUAAGGAUGGAGGGCAUGGCUUCAAUAGUGAGGAUAUGGAGGGAGUGUCUUCAACCGGGAGGGGUAUAACGAUGGAGGGCAAAGCUACAAGUGGGAUGGGUAUGAGGAUGAUGUGGGUGUUUACAACUAGGAGGGGUUUUAUGAUGGAGAAUAUAUCAACAAGUGGCACAGCAAACGGAGGGAGUGGCUACAAGUGGUAAGGGGGAUAAGGAUGGAAGGCGGAGCUAAGUGGGAUGAGCAGGAGGAAGGAGGGUGUGUCUACAACUGGGAGGGGGAUAAGGAUGGUAGGUGGGGUUUCAUCUGGGAGGAGAAGGAUGGAGGACAUACAGGUAUGUCUACAACUGGGAUAGGUAAAAGGAGGGAGUGGGUACAAGUGGGAGGGGAUAAGGAAAGAGAACAUAAGUGGAAUGGGUGAAAGGAAGCAAUGGCUACAAUUUGGGAGGGAGAUAAGGAUAGAGGGUAUGACUACAAGUUGGAUGGGUGUAAAGAAGGAAGGUGUGUAUAUGCAAAACUAUUUGUAGAUUUUUUUUUAUUCAUAGUUGAAGGUUUUUGUUUUCGUUUUCAUAUUUUUGUUGGGUUUUGAUUUCAGUGAAAGUUUGAUGUAUUAUUUUUGUCCACAUUU